AUGACCCAAGUGUGCACGCAGAAUGCCGACGGUGGCCCGCUGGUGAAGACCGAGGGGGGACAGGUGCAGGGUCGCAUCGCCACUUCGUUCACCGGACGUCGCUACGCCAGCUUCCAGGGCAUCCCUUAUGCGAGUCCCCCAGUGCGGAACCUCAGGUUCAAGCUGCUGUGGCAUGUGAGCUUCCUGCUGGCAGGACGUUGUUACCAGCGGCUGUGUGCUCCACAGGCGCCGCAGGCCGCAGAGCCGUGGCAGGGCGUGCUGAACGCGUCGGCGCCAGGAAACGACUGCCCCCAGCUGGACCAGAGCUCCGGAUGCGUCGUCGGCCACGAGGAUUGCCUCACCCUCAACGUCUACACCACGCAGCUGGAAGGCAAGCCGCAGCCGGUGCUGGUGUGGAUCCACGGCGGCUCGUUCGUCAGCGGCAGCAGCCGCCUCUACCAGCCGGACGUGCUGCUCGACCAGCACCUCGUCGUCGUCACCAUAAACUACCGACUCGGCGCCCUCGGUUUCCUGUGCUGGCCCAGGGCUGGGGUGCCCGGCAACAUGGGCCUGCGCGACCAGUCGCUGGCUCUGUACUGGGUGCGACGCAACAUCGCUGCGUUCGGUGGCGACGCCGGGUGUGUCACACUAGCGGGACAAAGCGCAGGGGCCGCCUCCGCCGUCUUCCACAUGCUGUCGCCGCUCUCCAAAGGCCUGUUCGACCGCGCGCUGUGCAUGAGCGGCUCGGCGCUGUGCUCGUGGGCGACGCCGCCCCACCCCGAACAGCGUGCGCAGCGCCUGCUGAGGGCGGCGGGGCUUCCCGCACACCUCAACCCCGGAGCCGGCAGCGACGCCGCCGCCGUGGAGCCGGUGCAGCCGAUGCUGCCGGUGCUGGCCGCCUGCGUGGAGACGGAGGCGGAGGCGUGCGUGGGCGCCUUCCUGCCCGACGAACCGUCGCGGAUGCUGGCCGCGGGCCGCGUGCACCGCGUGCCGCUGCUGGCAGGGCUCACGGACGGAGAGGCCAACUUCUUCCUGCUCAAGUACCGGUUGGCGGCGAGGUCUGGUCCCGUGGGGUACCCCGAGGUUGCAGUGGUGAGCGACCGGUGGGGGCCAGGUGACGGCGACUCAGCAGACAACCAGCAGGAGAGGCCACGGGAGGAGGGCAGCAGGUCAUGA